CGGGUCUAACUCGGAGCUUCUGGACUGGAUUAGGGUUUAGCGAAAUCAAUUCGACAGAGUGAAAGGGGAGGAGGGAGAAGAUGGGAGGCAAAGGAAUAAAGAGAAGGGAGAAGAACUACAGAGCAUCACAUGGAGGGACCGCCAGGCUCCCUCCCCCACCGGACCUUUCCUCCAUUGAUGCCCUCCCUUCUAAGCUCCGCAAGCUCAUGGCUUUCACAGAAGCUGAAAAGAAACCACCAAGAAGAACAGUGAAAGGAGGCGAGGACAGUACAAAGACGCAUCAUUUAGAAGAGAAAAGCACGAGUAACAUGUCCGGAAUCAAACGGAAAACUAAUGAUGAUCUGCCUGCAGACAGUGAUGUCAAUGAAAAGAAAAACAAGAAGAAGAAAAGAAAAAAAGUACAUGACCUUCGAUUUGAAUCAAUUGAGGAAUUUGGCGGUACUGGUUCAAAACGAAAGGAACGCAGGAAACAGCACUUGAAAGAUAGAAAAAAGAAGAACAAGCCAACCGGGACACAAGUGUUUGACUUCCCUAGGCAUGAACAAAUAAAAUUUGGGGAAGUUGUUGAUGCUCCUCCCAAGCUGGUGGCUCUCCCAAAGGUACGGAAGAUGGCACACGGAGCUUCACAAGAGAGACUUCGCCUUAAAGCAGUUGAGGCCUACAGGAAUAAAAAGGGUUGGGAAUCGAGGCCUGGGCUGCAGCUCACUCCUCCCGUCACUGCAAUGCCAUCGUUGUAGCUCCCUGGCCAUAUACCAUCUUUCAGAGGCACUUAUCAAUCUCCCUUUUAGUUCUCUUUUGUAACUCAUGUUUUUGGCUUAUCAUCUAUUUAUGUUUCUAGUUAUUGUUUUACCAAACCCGAAAUAUAUAUGACUUUCAUACAAAAACAAUAACUCUCAUCACUCGGCGGUUUGUCCCAUUCGAUAAUCAAUAGAGGCCUCGUGUCAAAGUUUAACUCAAAAAUCAUCAAGGAUGCCCCCACUUCUCCUUUGCCUUACCAAGAACAGUUCAGGUGGCAUUCUCGGGCCAACAAAGUACAGCACUUCUGCAGCGAUAAUCGGCUCGUGUAAGCCUCAGAAGACCUGAAACCAUAAUGAAAUUCAAACAAUUUU